UGCAGGCAUGCUGCAGAACAACGAGGAUGGCACGACCAACAGCUGGAAAUCUGCAGGCGACAAGGACUCUCAGGCAUUUGUAUAGACCAGGAGUGGCCAGUCAGAGUUGCUAUGGAGCAAGAUACCAGUCGACCCCUUCACCACCACGCCGUCCUUCCCCCUACCGACUUUUACAACCCCACGCCUUUCUCGCUGAAUUCGCCCCAUUGCAUGUCAAUGGGUGGAGAGUAGAUGCGUUACAGAGUGCAGAGAAGCUCCUGGAAGCGGAUAAAGUGGAAGAAGUUCUGGAUGGUGCUGAAACUGUGGAGAAAAGUGGUGAUCUGCAAGGGAGACGACUUGUGCGGGUGUUCGAAUUAGGAGAAGGAAAAGAAGGCUGGAGGAAGCUGAUCAAGUUUGUUGGACAUGUGGGGCAGGUGGUGGAGGACCAGGACCAUCACCCAACGAUACACAUCUCCCCGUUGUCAGAUUACAAUCCUCCUUCUCCUUCACUUCUCUCCUUACAGACUCAAUCGCAGUCUCAAACCGGUUAUAUUGUCGAGCUCUCCACCCAUACUCAUACUCCUCUACCUCCAUACCCUUUGCCCUCAAAAGGCAGUAAGAUGAAACCGGGUGUGACAGGCAAAGAUAUCAAGCUAGCGCAGAAGGUGGAAGAGGUAUAUGAGGAAGUCAUCGGGAGGGUUGAAGUGAAGAAGGAAUAGAGAAACUUUGACGAGAGUGAGAGAGCAGCUGCAAAUCAAUGUCAGACGUCGGUGACAGACGCAAACGUGAAUGGGGAGAUCGCGCAGCUUGUGUUAAGUGAUCGUCGCCCAGUUCCUGGACAGAGCAGGAUGGGAAACAUGCACAUGCAAAGACGCGAACACAGCUUGCAUUCUUGACCUGAAACUAAAGGUAUAUACUGCUACGUUACUCUGAUGGAUGUGAGGGAAAGUAGUAAGGGACACUACCACCUGGAGGAAGCCAUGAGAAGUCUGGCUGCCUUUCUCCUUCUGUUCCAAUCUCAGGGAAAGGUAAAGGUAAAGAACCUAACCCAAAUGCUGCGUCCACCGGGGAAAACAUGGACGCUAUGGCGUCCGCUGCGGCGUCUCCAGACAUGACAUUCGUUGGUGACCUGACUUGAGAACGACAGCCAUCUUUUUCAUUGGAAUGCUUGUCACGAAGCCUGAGGGGCCGAUGCCAGGCGUACAGGUUGUGCCGAGGGUGGCCGGGAGUUGCCGCUGUAGGCAAAGAGAUGUCAACCCGGCAAACUGCGAUUGUAUCGAGUCAGUAAAAGAGUCAGACAAGUAAAGUGGUAUGCAGUGACCAACCUCGGCAUGUUUCCUCCAAGACUUCAGCAGAGCCAAGUGAGAUGGGGAAUACGUCCGAGAAAUGACGGAGAAGUACAAUCGCUGCUCUCACUGCCCGGGUCGCCUCUUCUUCCUGCUCGGCUUUGCAAUCUGCGCGGGCUGAUAACAGACUGGCUAGUAGAAACCGACCAGCCAUCAAUAUACGAUAUGCCAGGACUAAACAAAUGUCAGCA